CACAAAUUAAUUCUGCUGUAAUUCCGAUAGUGAAGAAAAUUUAAAUUUGAACUUUAUUGAAACAUCCGACAUUUUGAUUGUCUGCUCUACCCUGACUUCAGUACUAGUUCAGUAUUCUCUACAAAAAAAAUUUUUUUUUUGUAAGACUAUCAGAAUUGUAAACAUCAUGGACUCUACGUGAAAAGGAAUAACUGCUAUUACUUGGUAACUAGAUGAAUCGAAUGCAUCUACAAGUGUACAUCGUCCUCGGUUGUUUUAUCACUGUUAUAGAGCCAGUUGGCAGCUUAGAAUGUAAAGUGAAUAAGACAUUUCUUGUUGACGACAUGUGCAUCCUGUGGAUGGACCAGAAAACAACGUGGCAGAAUGCCAAGAAAGGUUGCGCUUCUGUUGGAAUGUACUUGGCCAUUGCACAAUCAACAAGUCAAAUCUUAGAGAUGGUGAAAGGACUGCCACCAAACUCAACUAUGGAUGCAUGGGUAGGUGGAAGCGACAUUGGUAGCGAUGGCGUGUUCGUCUGGGAUGAAGACCAGAGUCCUGUGGUGGAGGAGAUCUGGCAAUUCGGCCGGCCGAACCACUUCGUGGGCCAUGACGAUUGUAUGUACGUGACCAUGGAAGGCGAAGGGAAGCUGGCCCCUUGUUCGGGAAAUAAGAACGCUCUCUGCAUGUACCGACCCACUAAACCUUUGAACUGGUUCGGUCCGAACAAUUCGAGUCUUUGUCAUUGUCUUGAUCAAACCUGCUCCGGCAACGGCACCUGCUCAGGGGCGAAUACUAAAUGUAUGAACGGAUGGUUUGGUCCUGGAUGCCAGUUACGAAGUCUGUCAAGGGACUUCUAUGGGCCACUGGAAGACCUGGGAGACAAUAACGACACCUCGUGCACGACCAUCUCACGUCAGCCACUGUACAUCAGACUGAGAGCAUCCAGCUUUUUCACCUGGCUUAGGAUAAUAGUUAAAAAACCAGAUCAGCUGGGCGGAUUCUCGAUCUAUUUCGAGGUCAGCAAUAUCAAAGUGUUGUGCCAGGGCUAUAAGAAACUGCCUGUGGAUGAAAGGUCAAUAGACAUCAUCUGUCAGGACGGUCCGUUUUUUGUGGACACUGUCAUACUGGAAUGGACGGGAGAGAAGAACAUUUGUUCCGUGUAUAUCAACGGAGAUCAGAACUUUGCGUUGCUACAGCACAUAAGCCUGGGAUCGAAUUCCCCUCCAAGUAACAGCUCACUGUUAGCAGUUGAUGGUCGCAAAAGUCCAGAGGACCCUUGCUUCCAAGGCUUGCCCAAGACUGGAGAUCAGCAUUGGACACUGACGUUUAAAAGACAGAAGAUCAUUAAUGAAAUUAUUAUUUACAGGAAGCCCAAAUCUGGCGGCUACCAUUUUAUGGAUGGAUUUCUAGUUUUCGGCUUCAACGCCAAGGGCGUGAUGAUGUUUCGUUAUACGGACCCUGGGACUCACGGUGACUCGCCCAUUAUCUGGAUCUUGACGGAAGUCAGUGUGCCCAUGAAGAAGAUCGUUAUCUCCAUGAGACACGCCACAGCCAAGCGUUACCUUGAACUUUGUGAGGUCGAGGCCUUUGGAGCGUGUGCCGCCCCUGAUUACGGCUUGUUCUGCGAACAGAGGUGUGACAGCAGAUGCUUCAGAAGAGAGUGUCACCUCAAUGGUCUGUGCAUCCAAUGUGCACGAGGGACUUUAGAAUCAGGAGAAUGCGUUCCUUCCCCUGAAGCCCCAAACAGCCCGACGCUCGUCACGAAGGAGUCCUCAGUAUCGACGAAAUGCCCAACGGCCAAGCCGACUUCGGAAAGGAUCCCUGAGAGCAGCCAGCUAAUCAAGCUCUUUAUCCUGGUCAUCAUUGUCCUCUCCGUCAUGGUGGUAGCCCUGACCUACAAAGUGCUGUCUCAGAUGAAUGAGGAGCCGAAGAAUACUGAAAUAACUGUCAAGGACUCGAUCGCUGAUCCAACGAAAGUUCCGUCCUUGCAGAAAGUAGCUUCAGGCCUGACCCAGCAACAAAGCAUGCCCAGCACUUUGCCGCCGGCGACAGAAAAAUCCACAGUCACUAUCACGUCUGCCAAGAGUAGCUCAACCCGAAUUCCAUAACUUGAGAACCUUAAGCGUACUAAAGACCACACAAGGGAGACAAUGUGUUCAUUUAGAAGCAAGAAUAUGAAGAUCACUAUUAACAUCAUCCACACUAACGGCCCUCUUUUAGUGGCUUGACAAUCUAAUCAGCAUUAACUGAGCCCUAUUCUGCGUUGAGUCCUAUGAACCAGAGCACUAUUUAGCACUAAUCGUAAGAUAAUUUAGCACCAAUUGUAAGAAUAUGCAGCAGCGAUUAGUUUCUUUUAAAAGAGUAAGCGGCUAUUGACAAAAUACAGAACCCCGCAUUUCUUAAGAAUAGCCCAGGUGAUACAACGUCUGACUCUCACCUAACGUAGCUGAGAAAAAAAAAAAGAAACAUGCUCUUCGGACAGACGAGAACGACUCAAUGACAGACUCACUGUCUAGAAAUGAACUUUUUGAGAACAUAGUCACGUGACAAUCUAUUUUUAGUAAAGGUUACGAGUUUGCCCCCCGCUCGAUGUUUUCAUAUUCCGUUUUGGCAACUUCUGUAAGGGAGAGAAAUAGACGCAGAAAAUCUUAUUUGCCCACACACUUUGUCGAUUACUUUCCCUUGUUUAUUACUGAAUAAAGACUUGGUUCUAGGGGAACCAACCCAUAACUCUA